GUAGAAGAGGCCAAUACUAUGAUUAUUGGGAAAAAAUUCAUCAACAUCAUCUUGCAUUCAAUAAAACUACACUAUUGAUGUCAUGUAGUUUUAUACACAAUCCACUUUAUAAAACUGAGUUUUUACUUUUUGAUAUUUUUAUCCAAUCCUUUGUACACUCCAAACGUGCCCUAAAAAUCUCAUCAUGUGUUCCAAACGUGCCUUAAAAAUCUCUAAUCAAAUGUAUCAAACGUGGCCUAAGUCUUUGUUAUGUGGACUGUAGAAGUGGCGAAAGCCGAAACCACAAUCCUUUUCGGGAAAUCCGGUUCGUCUCCGCUUCCUUCAUAGGAUCCUCUGUUGCAUUUUGAACUUCCAGCUGUUAAGGUCAUUGUCAGGCGUCGAUCUUCAUCACUGUAUUACAGGAUCUUGCUCAGAGAUUGAUAGAACAAGAGGACCGUCACUCAAUAACCAAGCCCCAACCCAUCCACAGGCCAUUGGGCCUGGCCCAUACCAUGCAGUCCAAGGCCCAAGGGGGUUGUGGCCAAGCCCUUCUGUGGGAAAAGCUUGGUUACUAAGGAGAGGGAAUACCUCUCACCUAUAUACAGCACUUCCUCCCCUCUCCUAACCGAUGUGGGACUCUAUCAGAGAUCCUUCCGUAAUUCUGAAAGUUUCUAGCCUCUUCCUCCUUCGGGAAUUCCAGCCUUAAAAUCACAUCCAGAAGAAAACUUGCAGACCUACUCAAGUAUGCAAUAAAGGAUGCUCUUAGAUUGACUUCAAUGAAAAACGAAACAAAAUGUCUCAAGAGAUGUUGGUGAGUUACAAUGAUCCCUCAGACCAACCAUCUUUGUCCUUGGAUGAUACGAGUAGCAGUGCAGAGGAAUCACCAUCUGAUACCAGACUCUCUUUAGAGAACUGUAAUGAUGCGAUUCUGUAUAUUGGGCAAAGGUUUGCUACUCAUGAUGCAGCUUAUGAAUUCUACAGUGAAUUUGCUAAGCAUUGUGGCUUCUCAAUCCGUCGUCACCGCACUGAAGGUAAAGAUGGGGUUGGUAAAGGACUUACCAGACGCUACUUUGUCUGCCACCGUGCUGGUAACACACCGGUUAAAACUUCAAAUGAUAGUAAACCUCAAAGAAACCGGAAAUCUUCCCGGUGUGGAUGUCAAGCAUACUUGAGAAUCAGCAAGACGACUGAAUUAGGAGCACCAGAGUGGCGGGUUACGGGUUUUGCUAACCACCACAAUCAUGAACUUCUGGAACCAAACCAAGUUCGUUUCCUACCUGCUUAUAGAACCAUAUCAGAUGCAGACAAGAGCCGGAUUCUUAUGUUCGCCAAGACUGGGAUUUCAGUUCAGCAAAUGAUGAGGCUCAUGGAGCUUGAGAAGUGUGUGGAACCAGGUUACUUGCCAUUCACCGAGAAGGAUGUGAGGAAUUUGCUCCAGUCAUUCAGGAAAUUGGAUCCAGAGGAUGAGAGCAUAGACUUGUUACGGAUGUGCAGAAACAUUAAGGAGAAAGAUCCCAAUUUCAAAUUUGAAUACACCCUUGAUUCAAAUAACAGGUUGGAGAAUAUUGCAUGGUCAUAUGCAUCAUCAAUCCAGUUGUAUGAGAUCUUUGGAGAUGUAGUGGUAUUUGAUACUACACAUCGCUUCACUGCAUUUGACAUGCCACUAGGGAUAUGGGUUGGAGUUAAUAAUUAUGGCAUGCCUUGCUUCUUUGGUUGUGUGCUUCUGCGAGAUGAAAACGUGAGGUCACUAUCAUGGGCAUUAAAGGCAUUCCUUGGAUUUGUGAAUGGGAAAGCUCCACAGACAAUAUUAACUGACCAGAGUAUGUGUCUCAAGGAAGCUAUAGCCAUUGAAAUGCCAACGACAAAACAUGCAUUUUGCAUAUGGAUGAUUGUCGCAAAGUUCCCAUCCUGGUUUAAUACUGUUUUGGGCGAUCAAUACAAUGAGUGGAAGGCUGAGUUCUUCCGACUCUAUAAUAUGGAGUCAAUCGAGGAUUUUGAAUUAGGGUGGAGGGACAUGAUCGAUUCUUUUGGGCUGCAUAUGAACAGGCACAUCAACGACAUGUCUACCUUACGAAAUCUCUGGGCAUUACCAUACCUGAGAAGUCAUUUCUUUGCUGGACUCACCUCUGUUGGUCAUUCCCAGUCAAUAAAUGCUUUCAUCCAACGGUUUUUGAGUGCUCAAACCCGACUUGCUCACUUCGUGGAACAAGUAGCUGUUGCUGUGGAUUUUAAAGAUCAAGCUGCAGAACAACAAACCAUGCAGCAGAAUGUCCAGAACAUUUACCUGAAAACCGGGGCUCCUAUGGAAUCCCAUGCUGCUUCAGUCCUCACUCCAUUUGCCUUCUUGAAGCUCCAAGAACAACUUGUUUCGGCUGCCCAUUAUGCAUCGUUUCAGAUGGAAGACGGUUUCCUUGUUAGACACCAUACAAAACUUGAUGGAGGUCGGAAGGUUUACUGGGUUCCUCAGGAAGGCAUCAUAAGUUGUAGCUGCCAUCACUUUGAGUUCUCUGGAAUUCUCUGUAGGCAUGCCCUUCGUGUUCUUUCAACAGGAAAUUGCUUCCAGAUACCAGAUAGGUAUCUUCCUCUUCGUUGGCGCAGCAUAAGCAACCACUCUGCCAAGCUUCGUCAAAGUGCUCCAACUGAUCACGGAGGUGCUCCAACUGAUCACGGAGAAAGAAUCCAACUGUUGCAGAGCUUGGUAUCGACCCUCGUCACUGAGUCCGCUAAGUCAAAGGAGAGACUAGAUCUUGCAACCAAGCAAGUAUCAAUCUUAUUAUCUCGUGUCAGAGAGCAUUCAGUUUCAUCACCUGCUGUUAGAGAUGUUCCCUCUCUUCACAGAAAUGUUUGACGAGAAGAGUGGAAACGUAUCGCAUUUUUUGAACUCAUCACAAAAGGCAGAGAGAAAUACACCGAGAUUUAUUAUAGUGGGGAAGUUGUUCAGAUUAAGAUUAGUUAGAACUAGAUUAAUAGAGUUGACCUUAUUAGUUAGGGCAGGGAACUGGCAUGCAAGAAGCUCUUGGGGUGGUUCUUUUUGUAGUUUUAGGGGUUUAGCUCAUGCAAGGAGAAUGAAUUGGAGAUGUUGCUCCCAGAAAUCCUUUUGCUCCCUGUUUUUGGUACGAUAAAUGGGUUCCAAGAGGAUUCUGAUAUGUACAAAAUAUAUAUACAUUAAAUACAUAUAUAGAAAUCUUUUUGGCUGUUAAAAGAAA